AUGGUAACAGUGAAUACAAUUCAAGAGCUUUGUAGCUUGGAGCUUGCCAGUUUGGUGAAAAGCACUUUCCAGAAAGCUUUGCAGAAUGGACAACUGGUUUUUUCGCCUAGCAAACACGAGCAUUACACUGACCCUCAGACAGGGAUGGAGUGCGAGCUGAUGGUGGUCGAGGGACUUCGCAAACGCCCUAUAAAUAGACCUACGCAGCCUGGAUCUGACGAGAAGAUUUCUAGCGACAAGAUCGAGCAAGUGAAGGCCAAAAAUCCGUUUAUGAAACCGGAGCCAGAAUUGACGGUGAUUGAUACAUUGUUGCAUGACUACAGGCUCAUUUUGAACAAGUUCCCCAACACGGAGGAGCACUUUUUGAUGGUCACGAAAGACUUCAUCCAGCAGGACACUUUGCUGCAGCCAGUAGAAUUGGAGCUGAUGCUCACCAUUUUGAGGAAGCUGAACAACUCGGAUGACAAGUUUUUUGCAUUCUUCAACUCGGGACCUGAGUCAGGAUACUCACAGUUCCAUAAACACAUUCAAUUCAUGAAACUGCCGCCUGGUUUCCAUGUCUAUCAAAAUUCGCUAGUUGAAAACAGCGAUUUUUAUAUUCCCACAGAGACGUCGGAGUCCAAGAAACCGCUUGUGAACAAGAACUUGACGUUCAAGCACUUCGUGCUCAAACUGCCAAAGACUUUUGCAUCCGAGGAGGAGCAACAGUCCACACUUGCUCUAAUGUACAUGUAUUUAUUCAAGCGCGUGUUGAACGUUUUCAGAGAGUAUGAGGUGGAUUCAAGCAAGUUGAGCUAUAACUUUCUAAUGAUGGAUAAUUGGAUGAUGAUCAUACCUAGACGCAAUGCCUUUUUUGACGGCAUAUGGCAAAAUAGUCUUGGAUUUAUGGGUCUUUUCACGACCAAGGACGAAACGGUUAAGUCCAAAAUUCUUCAUCACGGCGCUGGGACUAUCCUGCGUGAAUGCGGAUUCGAAUUGGAUCCUACUGAUGACAGCCAUAAAUAUGAUGAGUACAGUUACUAG